AUAUCCACUAGAGGAAUAUAUAUAUAUAUAUAUAUAUCUAGUCGAGCUUAACUAUCCACAGAGCUAGCUAGAUACUUACAGAAAUGGGUGUGCUAACAGCAGCCUUAAACUCGGCAAAACCAUACGUAGCCAUGGUGGCUCUUCAGUUUGGUUAUGCUGGAAUGUACAUCUUAUCCAUGAUCGGCAUGAAACGUGGACUUAGUCACUGGAUUUUUGUUGUCUAUCGUCAUGCCACCGCUACUCUUGUCAUUGCUCCUUUUGCGCUAGCUUUUGAGAGGAAAAUAAGGCCAAAGAUGACGCGUUCGGUGUUCCUUAAAGUUCUUCUUCUUGGUUUGCUAGAACCAGUGAUAGACCAAAACUUGUACUUCUUGGGGAUGUCCAUCACGUCUGCAACGUAUGCAUCUGCAAUCGUCAACGUCCUUCCUGCUCUCACCUUUGUAAUGGCACUAGUUUUCAGGCUGGAAAAGGUGAAUCUAAAAGUUAUACAUAGCCAAGCCAAAAUACUUGGAACGGUGAUUACGGUAACAGGAGCAAUGGUGAUGACUUUGUAUAAAGGCCCGAUAGUUGAUAUACUAUGGUACUCUCAUCACGGAGCUUCAACCACGCACACGGCUGCUGCUCAUACUGCUUCCGGACAACAUUGGCUUGCCGGAACUAUUAUGAUUCUAAUUUGUACAUGCUGUUGGGCCGGCUACUUCAUUCUUCAGUCAAUGACGGUAAAAGAGUAUCCGGCGGAGUUAAGUCUGGCAUCACUGAUAUGCAUAGCGGGUACAGUGGAAGGUGGGAUUAUAGCAAUGAUCAUGGAGCGUGAUCCAAAAGCAUGGGCGCUUGGCUUUGAUUCUAGGCUUCUUGCUUCUGUUUACUCUGGGGUAGUCUGCUCUGGGAUUGCAUACUAUGUUCAAGGUGUCGUAAAUAGGAUGCGUGGCCCAGUUUUCGUUACUGCAUUCAGCCCACUAUGCAUGAUCAUAACCGCUGUUCUUGGUGCCAUUGUGUUGUCAGAGCAAGUCCACCUUGGAAGUUUGCUAGGAGCUGUCAUCAUAGUGAUGGGUCUUUACUCCGUGGUAUGGGGUAAAAGCAAAGAUUAUCUAUUAACAUCUGAUAAAGGAGCAACUCAAGAAUUGCCUAUUGUCAACAAGCAAGCCAACACAUUAGAUGCACCUACGAAGGUCACAAUACAGGAUACAAUUCUUCCGCAAGUCCUGUAACUGUGAAUCUCUCUCUGCGGCCUUUAUAUAUAGAUCAUCGAAUGUAAUCCAAGUGUUACUUUAUAUAUCUCUUCAUUUUUCUGAUGAGAUCACACGUUAAGAAUGUGAAAAAGAAAAACCCUCGUUUUCCAAGAUAUUAUGAAAAUGUUGCCUGACAACCCCAGUUUUUGAUC